UUUUAAAAAGAAAAGAUGGGAAAUACAUGUAAUUGUAUUGACUCUAAGAAAGACAAGGCUGAAGUUAAUAUUUCUUCUAUACAGAAUGAUGCUGAGUAUAAUAAUAAUGAGGAACAAGUUGAAGUUAGGAGUAAAGGUGCGGUUAGUAAUGCUAAAGUUCCUUGAGGAUUACCAGUAGAGCAAUCAGAAAGUCAACCAAAUACUUUCCUUGAAAGUGUUCCUGUUAAUAAUCAAUCAGCUGAUGACAUAACAAUGAAUGAAGUAUCUUUAUCCGUUCUCAAAUAAACUCGGUCCUUACAAAUAUGAAGCUAUCCCUGAUGACGGAGUCCGCCGCAUCGAAAAAGAUUGGGUGGUCUUCUCAAGUGGAAUCAAGUACAAAGGCCAGUGGAACUCACUCCACAACACCAAGGACGGCAAGGGCGUCCAAGUCUGGCCUGAUGGAAGCCAGUACGAAGGAUUCUGGAAGAACGACAAAGCCAACGGCAAAGGCAGACUCAUCCACGGUGACGGAGACGUCUACGAAGGAGACUGGGUCGAAGACAAGGCACAUGGGCACGGCACUUACCAGCAUUUGGAUGGAGGGUGCUACGAAGGACAGUGGGUGGAAGACAAACAGAGUGGCUCUGGAAAAGAGACUUGGCCUGACGGCGCUAUUUAUGAAGGAAAAUAUAUGGAUGGGAAGAAACAUGGCUAUGGAGUUUUCAAAUGGGUUGAUGGAUCUGUUUACAAUGGAAACUUUAAACAGAAUAAUAUCGAAGGUGAAGGCAGCUAUACUUGGAGUGAUAAAAGAAACUAUACAGGCUCAUGGAAAGCUAAUAAGAUGCAUGGUUCAGGAGUAUUCCAAUGGCCUGAUGGAAGGAGAUAUGAAGGCCAAUAUGUAGAAGACAAAAAAGAAGGAAAAGGAGUCUUCACAUGGCCAGAUGGGCGUAAGUAUGAUGGUGGUUGGAAAAAUGGAAAACAACACGGAUUUGGGUAUUAUAUUGCUGUUGAUGGUCAAAAAAGGCAGGGUAAAUGGGAAGAUGGAACAAGGACAGAAUGGCUUGACUAAUGAAAGUACUUAACAGCAAGU